UGUCUGGAUGAAACGGCUGCAUUAAUGCUCCUUAAUAUUGUCCCAAACCAGAGUGACACAUCUUAUUUUGAAACCGGAAGUGCUGUGUUUGUUACCGGAGUGAUACAUGCACACACGUGGAUAAUGGAGCUCAGCACAACAGGACGUUAACAACAGCCUGAUAUAAAGGAACUGAGAUGACGGGGAAAGAGAAGCAGCGGCGAGAGACGGCGGCGUCACAGAAGAAUAUGACGGCGAGCAGCAGCGACGAUGAAGACUCUGACGUGGAGAGGAACUUCGCUCUGCUCACUGAGAGAGGAGGACAAGGAGGAGCAGGAGGAGCUGAGGAAGAGGAAAUAUUCAGUGAUGACGGUGAAGAAGUGUCUGAUGAUGAUGGGACUGAAGAAGAAGAAGAAGGAGGCGAGGAAGGAUCAGAUGUUGGUGAGGAAGAAGAGGAAGACGAGGAAGACGGAGACAGUGAAGCAGAGGAAGAGGAGGAGCAGGAGGAGGAGGAGGCGGUUGCUGGUAGCAGUGAGAUCCAGACAAGAGACGAUAUUAAAAAAGAACUGUCCAACAUGUCCUUCGAGGACAUCAUGAAGCUGCAGAACAAAGUGGGAACCAAAGUUUACAACGAGGUGGCGUACGGCAGCAGCAGGAGUCAGCCGAGCGUCAGGAAGAAACGUCUGAACAAGAACAGGCCGAUGGAGAUUUCAGCCAAGAGACCGGCUCCGUUCCUCCGUCAGGUCGUCUCCGUCAGGAAGCCGACGCUGAGAGAUCCUCGCUUUGACGACCUGUCCGGAGAAUACAAGCCUGAGAUUUUUGAGAAGACAUAUAAGUUCAUCAAUGACAUCAAACACAGAGAGAAGGAGAUCAUCCAGAAGCAGCUGAAGAAGACAAAGAAGAACAACCAGAAGAAGGAGAAGCUGCAGUUCCUCCUGAAGAGGAUGGAGAACCAGGAGCGAGCGAGGGCGAGCCGUGAGGAGCAGAGAGAGAGAGAGCUGCAGUUCAAGAGGCAGCAGAGAGAACGAGCCAAUCAGGGCGCUCGGCCCUUCUUCCUCAAGAACUCGGAGAAGAAGAAGCUGCAGCUAGCAGAGAAAUACCAGCAGCUGAAGAAGAGCGGCAAGCUGGAGAACUUCCUGAGCAAGAAGAGGAAGAGGAACGCCGGGAAGGACCGCAGGAAGCUUCCACCCCCACCGUCACACUGACCUGCUGCUGCCUGUGGGGGCACCAACGCACCAGGGCCCAGCGUCAUCUCUGUGGUGCGUUCAAAGAGGCUCCGACAUCCAAACACUCAAACAUACUGAAGGUUUAUUCUGGACCUUGAGAACGGACGUUUGCUCGCUUCUUCUGGAGUUUUCAGACAGAUCUCGUGGUCUUCACAAGAGACUCUGAGUAGUUAGGGAGGAAGUUCAGGUCCUCAAACAAACACUGAAGUUUCAGUUGUUGUGGAGUCCCUGAACGCACCAUCAGUGAGGUUUUUCAGUUGAGAAAAACUUGACAUACAUAAAGUCUUUAGUCUGAAAAAUGUAACUUAUGUUGGUUUCCCUGCAGAUACAUUAUGAUCUGUCGGUCUUUUGAUGUGUUUCUUUUAUUUAUAUCGAAUAUGUUGAGGUGUCA